AUGAAAACAAUAGCCAAGAUUUUCAGAUCCCAACAAAUUUCUCUCAACAAAACGACAGUAACUUUCUCGCAUUGUCUCUGUCGUCUUUUUCUUCUGCUACUCCUGCAGUUCCUGCACCAACACUCCCCUCCGUACAAUCAGCUUUUGUACUCGCCCCACCCCACCCACCCCACCCCGCCCCCAUCUCGUCACGGUCCAAUUCGGCGCAAUCGGCGAAAAUUUCGUGAAUCGGGAAAAAGCGACACCAUCCCACCACCUUACUCUUGGGCCACAAAUCAACGAGCAAUUAUUCACAGCCUCAACACCCUUAACUCGAAGCAGAUUUUUACUAUUACUGGAGAUGUUCAAUGCAAGAGGUGUGAACGAAAAUAUGAAAUGGAGUUCGAUUUAAGGGAAAAGUUUGCCCAAGUUGGGGCCUUUAUUGCUCUACACAAGGUGGCCAUGCAUGACCGUGCGCCUGAUAUUUGGAUGAACCCUGUAUUGUCAACCUGCAAGUUUUGUGAACAAGAGAACAGUGUGAAGCCUAUUAUCGCACCCAAAAAAAAAGAGAUUAAUUGGCUUUUCUUGCUUUUGGGUCAGUUUCUUGGGUGUUGUACUCUUGAACAGCUCAAGUAUUUCUGCAAACAUAACAAGAUUCACAGGACUGGUGCUAAGGAUCGUGUUCUUUAUCUCACGUACCUGACCCUUUGCAGACAGCUUGAUUCUACUGGCCCAUUUGAUCGCUAA